AUGGUGAUGAACAUCAGCCGAUCAAUGGUACAUCCGGUGCCGGAGUUACCGCCGGCGAUUGACGUCAACAAUUUGCAUCAAUUGGUGAAGAUGAAGAACAUUCAAGGUAUGCUUGGUACAAAAGGUGGUCUUAAACUUCGCUUAAUUCAGUUCGUGUUUGUCGUGAUCUCUUUCUCGGUUAUGAUCAGCACUAGCGAUGUUCAAUCUGUCUCUGCAUUUAGAUUCCUUGUUGUAGUUGUUGGAUUACAGAGUGUUUGGAGUUUAACAAUGUCUGUUAUUGAUGUUUAUGCUUUAUUAGUGGGAAGAAGAAUUUGA